AUACCUCGAUGGAAAUUAAGAACCUGCUUAUAGAUGCUUUUAAGGCAUAUUUAUAUCAUUUAAAUUUAUAUUUUACAACAACUUACCCUUGUUAUAUUGAGACCUCAAAAGUGACAAAUGGAAUACAUGAUUUUAAAAAUUAUAUUAAAGAAUUAAAUUCAACGGUGCCCUUGCUUAGAAAUUUUGAUUCCAACGGAUUUGAUAUUAAUUUUAAGCUUGGGAAAAGUUUUGUAUCAAAUUUCACAGAUUUAGUAACGCGUAUGAAUAAUAAUUCUGCAGGAUGUAAGGAAAAAUUCGAAGAAUCUGAUUAUACAACUCAUAUUAAAAUGAAUUUGAAAAAAUUUGAAGACUGUGUAGUUGACAUUAUAAAAGAUCUAAUGAAUAAAAAAUAUUUUCCACAAGUCUGUAAAAUAAAUGUAUUUGAAACUGCAACAGUCUCUGAAACAACCAAAGGAUUAGAAACUACAACAGUUUCUGUAAGAGACAAUGGAAUAGAUUCUGAAACAACCAAAGGAUUAGAAACUAUAACAGUUUCUGUAAGAGACAAUGGAAUAGAUUCUGAAACAAGCCAAGGAUUAGGAACUACAACAGUUUCUGUAAGAGACAAUGGAAUAGAUUCUGAAACAAGCCAAGGAUUAGGAACUACAACAGUUUCUGUAAGAGACAAUGGAAUAGAUUCUGAAACAAGCCAAGGAUUAGAAACUACAACAGUUUCUGUAAGAGACAAUGGAAUAGAUUCUGAAACAAGCCAAGGAUUAGAAACUACAAAAAUCUCUGUAACAGUCAGUACAGACUCUGGAAUAGUUGUUAGCAAAUCUGCUCAAAGUGUUUUUUCUUUUGUGCCAAUUUGGGGUAUUCCAUUACUAUUACUAUUCUUGUUCAUAAUCUUUGAUUUCAAAGUUACAUGAACGUUCACUUAGUUCUAAGUUAAAAAAAACUUUUAAAAAAUUCCAAGUUUAAAAAAAUAAAAUUGUUUCUUAAAACAUUUACAAAUAACUUGUUGAGUUUAAAACAAUGAAUCAGCCAUGACAAAUUCACUAAAUCAGUAAUAAAUUUUACAAAUAUAAUAAUUAUGUAUACAUAUAACAAAACGAUAUUGACAAACAGAUUUUUCUUUUAUAUUUUUCACAUAUUUUUCAUUGGAUUUUUGGACCCAUCUUUUAAUCUAAUUGCGUAAUUAUUUUAUGAUUUUAUUUUUCUUUAUUUCAAUGGUAAUAAAAAUAAAA